GAAGAAAAAGAAAGCCUACUCGUUUAGUCUUCUCCGUUUUGGAUGUGUUAUAUACCUUGCUUGGGUUUUAAUUUUUAAUGGCAGUGGACGUUCGGGUUUGCGUCUGCAAUAUUUGUUUCUCUAGAAACGGAGUUGUUUUCUGAAAGGCUGCAGUUUGUCCUGAUGGAGGAAAGCACACCAGAAUAAAGUGGUGCUAACUGCGGGAAAAAGUUCGGAAAGAAAUGCUUUGCGACGAUCUUCCUUUUCAGCUGAAUUUGCCAAUGGGAUGUUUGAAUUGCUUUCCAAAAUCCAUCAAAGUGCUGCUGGGGUCUCUUUAUGCAUACAUGCCAACUCCAUAGGAGUAGGUUGCUUUUCUCUCUCUUUUUUUUUUGGACUGCCGCUACAUGCCUAGAUAAUCUCUUCCUUUGUAUGUCUCUUCCAUUUCUGUGCAUUUGUGAGCUUGUCAUUGCUUUAUUUUUGAAACUAAAGAAGGCUAAAUCAAAGAAGAUUUCGGGCUGAUUUCUCUUUGGUUGUUGAUGGCACUACGCGCUGGGACGUCUUGGUUUGGGCAGGUCUUGCGCAGAGUCUCUCGGCUGCAGGGCACCUGGUCCCGGCGAUCAAGCAGCCUGCUGUGCCUCUCUUCCACCCAGGAACACGACCAGGAAGCCGGGAACAGGGACCACCACUGCAUUCACCACCACAUCAGUGUCCAUCGCCCUCCCCAACACGAUCUUUGCCCUGCUGGGUCCGAAAGCUGCAAAAACCUUCCCAGCUGCUGCUGCGCCUUCUUGGAAAAGCCGAGGGGACAUGAGCCCCUCACUCAGCGGUUCCUGGUGGCCAUGAAGCGGCAGAACGUGCGGACCCUGUCCCUGAUCAUCUGCACGUUCACCUAUCUCUUGGUCGGGGCAGCGGUGUUCGAUGCCCUAGAGUCGGAUUUUGAAAUGAGGGAGAAUGAGAAGCUGCAGGCCGAGGAAAAACGUCUCCAAGGGAAAUAUAAUAUUAGCGAAGAGGACUACCGGCAGCUGGAGACGAUCAUUGUCGAGGCCGAGCCUCACCGAGCUGGGGUUCAGUGGAAAUUUGCGGGCUCUUUCUACUUUGCUAUCACAGUCAUUACAACUAUAGGCUAUGGGCAUGCUGCUCCAGGAACUGAUGCUGGGAAAGCUUUCUGCAUGUUCUACGCCGUGCUAGGAAUUCCUCUAACCCUGGUGAUGUUCCAAAGCCUUGGGGAACGCAUGAACACCUUUGUCAAAUAUCUCCUCAAGAGAAUUAAAAAGUGUUGUGGUAUGAGGAGCACAGAGGUUUCAAUGGAGAAUAUGGUGACGGUGGGAUUCUUCUCAUGUAUCGGCACUCUCUGUAUUGGAGCCGCAGCUUUCUCGCACUGUGAGGACUGGAGUUUCUUCCAGUCUUACUAUUAUUGCUUCAUUACAUUGACUACUAUAGGAUUUGGGGAUUUUGUGGCUCUACAGAACAACAAAGCUCUGCAAAAGAAGCCCUUAUAUGUGGCCUUUAGCUUCAUGUAUAUUCUAGUGGGCUUGACGGUCAUUGGAGCCUUCCUCAACCUUGUUGUGCUUCGUUUUCUUACCAUGAACAGUGAAGAUGAGAGAAGGGAUGCUGAGGAGAGAGCAUCCUUAGCAGGAAACCGCAACAGUAUGAUUAUCCACAUCCAGGAGGACUCGCAGCAUGGCCGACAGCGCUACAAAGCAGAAGUAACGGAUCUCCAAUCUGUCUGCUCCUGCAUGUGCUACAGGUCCCAUGAGUUUACUAGCCGGGUGGUUUCCCACCAGAACUCCUUCAGUUCACAGCUGAACCCCCAGUACUUUCACUCUGUCUCAUAUAAGAUUGAGGAGAUUUCACCAAGCACCUUGAAAAACAGCCUUUUCCCUUCACCUAUUAGUUCGGUCUCCCCAGGCCUCCACAGCUUCACUGACAACCAUCGCCUCAUGAAAAGGAGGAAAUCCAUUUGAGAAUAUCACUCUUUCCUUUUUUGGACUCUCUCCAACAAGUUCCCACCUCCAUUACUUAGCAAUCUUUGGUUCAGUUUUGCGUUCUGUCUCCUCAAACUAUGUUUGGGUGAUGGAAUGAUAGACUUAACUUGAAAAAAGGCUAUCCAUAUUGAAUCUGGAGGAAACUCAAGCAUGAAGCAUGGAUAAUUAUUCCCCCAGAUGAACAAUAUAAGUCUGAUAGCAAAAUACGCCUUACCUUAAACCAUUUACUCUGCACCCUUUUCCCAGUGGGUUAGAAUAACAAAUAUUAUCCUUGGUACCAAACCAAAAGUUGCACAGUUAGCUUGUGAGAAACUGUAGGGGCAUAUUAUAAUUAAUAUUGCAAAUGGGACUUUGCCCGUUUAACCUUAACUUGAAAAAAAAAAAUCGCAGUUAUGUGCGGUUUUAUUAUUGAGUGCCAUGGAUAGACGAGGAAAAAAAAUAAAGCAUCAGGUAUUAUUUUUUUAUAAGCAAUUAUAUUUAGACAAAGGAAACUGGUUGCUUUGAUGUUAAAGUUAAUAAUAAAAAAAAGAUUUAAAACCAAAAUCUUGCUGAUCAGAGCAUGCGCAUUAAAGAACAGUUAUAUAAUGGGUGUGCCAUGGUUACUUGAUUUCAUUUUUAUUUUCUUUUUCUAUAAGCAGGUUACAUAUAUAAAUAUAUAUAUAUAUAUAUAUAAAUAUAGAUAUAUCUGUCUAUUUUUGUUUGGCUUAGGAUUGUGUACAAUUUGGAGAGAGAAACGGGAGCAGUAAAGGAGAAUUUACUUUAGCUUGCCAGUUAAAAAAAAAGGUAAUAAAUGCAUGCACUUUGUAAAACUGGUAUGCAUAAUUGAGUAAGAAAAAAAAAGUAAAUCUAAUAAAAUAUUACACAGCAAAUAAUCUUGAAAUGAAUUUUAAGUCUUAAGGAAAAUUUACUUUGCCAUUGUGUUACUUAGUUCUUUAUUUUCUUUUGGUUUUCCAAAUGGUGAGGGUAAAAGUUGAAAGAUUUUUUCAUAAGGUUUACACCACCAUUUUCUCUCAGGUAUGGGAUUGUAGGUUUUAUGACUGACAGAAAUAUUUUAAAAUCAGGAAUUUAUUUUGAACAAAAUUAAUAGUUCCACUAAUAUUUUCAUUUCCCUACGUUAACCAACAGUGCAUUCUUAUUUUCUUCAUGCAUCAGUUAAACAGAUCAAGAAAAGGUCAUGUAAUUGAAGAAUAUUUCAUCAUCAACAUCAUCAUAUAACAAAAACAUUCUGUACAAAUAAAACGCAUGCAAAUCUAAGUAUAUGCAAAGGGUGACCAGAAGGGUGUCUUUAAAAUGCAGCACUGUAGCAAGUUGCAAUAUGUUUGCCAAUUCAUCCAGACAUAGUAACAGACGAAUCACCUGUUGACCUGUAGUCGGGCCGAACAGAAGAUAUUUUACACAUUUUAUUAUAUUUUAAAAAUGGGUGAUUUUACUGAACUUCAGGGAAUUGCUAUGAUGCUUACGCCAAGUCAGUCCAAAUACAAACCACAUUUUCAGUGAAAGAUUUUCUGAAAAUUCAAAGAGCUAAAUAUAAUGUGCUGGAUGGUAUGAUUGCACAGUAAUUAGUAUCCCUGACUGACAGAUCAGGAAUUCUGAUUUUCGAAACCCAAAUCCUCUCUGUGCAGAGCUUGUACAUUUUUCCUAUGUCUGUAUAUUCUUUAUUUUUUUCCGACCACAACUUCCAACAGUUGCACAUUAGAUCCAUUGGCGAUUCGAAAUUUGGUCCUGUAUUUGCGUGAGUGGGUCCUCCAAAUGACUGGUGCCUUGUCUAGAGCUGUUUCCUGCCUUGUGCCAAGUGCUCCCAAAAUAGGCCUUCCUAGGUUCUAAAUUGGAUUAAGCGCGUUUGUAAAUGUUCUGUUAAAUUCAAUGUGCCACGAUGCCUUAAUAUGGGAAGGAACUGAACUUUAUACCAUAAAGUUGCCAGCUUAAUUGCUGCCGUCAACUUCCAGUUAACCUCUCUUUGCUCCAACUUCAAAAAUGUAUUUGUAAACAACCCCAAUGAGCAAUCUUGUAAGUCACCUUAGAUAAAGGCAUCAGCCAAAUAUAGAAAAAUAACGGUACUACAGUGGGACGGGGGCCACAAAAUGGAGUGCAAUAUAAAAACUAUUUGAACUAAAGUAAAAAUUGAAUUAACAUGAUAUUAGCUCUGAUGUUCAGUAAAGUCACCCAUUUUAAAAUGUGACAGAACUGGUAAAACCCACUCUGUUUAACAUGGUGCUAAUUUAUAGUGAAAAUAUGGAUCAAAAGAUGACUCACAAGAUGCUACGUCCACCAACAAAAUGCAACUUAAUUCAUCUCUACACUUUAAACUCCCAACGUUUCUGAUCAUACCUCGAUAGCUAUAAUGCAUAUAUUGUGUCAUUUUAAAAUGUACGCAGGCACUGUGGCAUAAUGAUUAAGGAUUCAGACUUCAAACCCUAAGGUGGUGGGUUCAAAUCCCGCUACGAGAUUGGGCAAGCAUGAGCAGGACAAUUCACCUGUACCUCAAUUGGAAAAACAAAAGUAGUGUAAGGAAUUAUUGUUAAAUCAAAUGUUAUAAGUCGCCUUGGGAAAAAGUCAUCAGCCUAAUAAUACAAAUAUAUGUAGCAUAAAAUAUUUCAUUUUACCUCAUCCUAUUUAGGCAUCCGUCCAUCACUUAACAUAAUGUAGAAUAAAAAAGAAUAAUUGGUGGUGUCAACCUAGUGAAGGUAAUGUUUUUAAAAUAAGGGUUAUUCCAUGUGGUAUAUGUGUUACAUGGGAAGGUUUACUGCUCAUCUUCCUACCUUUAAAAGUUGGAACGAAAGUCUUAAGGUGGCAAACUUGCAGCUCUGACCCUUUAUACUCUGAUCAUACUGCCAAGUGACAGAAACGGAGCUCAGAUUGUCAGCUCUUUACAAUAUUUAACUCAAUGCCUUGAUUUCAGUUUUAACUUUUCAAAUAAAUGAUAUAAAAUGCAGCAAAACAUUUGUUCCGUAUAAAACACAAUGUGGUAUUUAUUAAAAAAAAAAAAAACACAAAAUCAAAAUUCAGAUUAUAAAGGGUCCUGCAGAUAGCACAAUGCAUCAUGUUUUGUUGAGCAACAUUGACUUUUCUGGUAUUUGUUUUCAUGAAAACUAACAGCAUUUUUAAAAUGUAUGUAUUUAGAUGGUACUUUUAAUGACAAAAAAAGAGAAAUGAACAGGAAGGUGGGGAAACAGAGUUUUAAACUGCACUACACCUCAAAAGACCACUAAAUGGUGCCUAUAGUGAAAAUAUAUUUUUGAUUUUUGUAACAUUAGGCUCUUAUUUGGAGGAAAUGACUUACUGAAUUUCAUUCAGCUUAUUGUUUCAUCUAUCGAUUAACUUGUUUUACAAUUUGUAGGUAUACAAAAAAUAUACAAAAUUAUGUACACAUUGUCUGUUUUUGUGCAGGCAAUGACAGUGUAUCACUCUUUAGUGGUGUUUUCUUGGAAUGGCCCUUAUGAAAAAAAAACACAUUGUGCCAACUGGAGUUUAUCUUUUUUAAAAAUUAUAAUUAUAUGAAUUCCUUAUGUUUCAUUUUUUGGAUCAUAUAUUUUUAGAACUCUGUGCAGCAGCUACCUGCAUGAGCUGGAAUCCCUAUUUUUGGAAUGCUUGGGC